AUGACAAUGAAGAGAAAUUUGGUGAAAACUUUGCAAUCUAUACGCUACCAAGCUACCAAUGCCACCACACAUGCAGAAACCGUGUUGAAUCCUCUGCCAAACGCAGCCAUUCCACCCAAAUAUGCCUUAGUUACCGUUCGUUCGUUUCCAUCUUUAGAACCAUUAACAUUUGUGCCAGUCCCCACAUCGACUGUAGCUGCUCCAUUAAGGCGUGAUAUACUAUGGAAAGCCGUCGUUUAUGAAAAUGAUAAUAGAAGGGUAGGUGCCUCGAAUCCUCCCGGUAGAAGUGAAAACGGGUUUUCUAGACGAAAAUUGAUGCCUCAAAAGGGCUCUGGUAGGGCAAGAGUCGGGGAUGCUAACUCUCCAACAAGACAUAAUGGUGCUAGGGCAUUGGCAAGAACUGCACCAAAUGACUAUACUACAGAGCUACCAUCCAAAGUUUAUUCCAUGGCUUUCAACAAUGCUUUGAGCCACCAAUAUAAAAGCGGUAAGUUAUUUGUUAUUGGUGGUGAUAAAGUCGACUUAAUAUCCCCUACAUCAGGACUAGACUUGAACACGCUGGAUCUUGUAAAUACAAACACAGUUGAGGGCAAAGAGAUAUUUGAAGGCGAAGUCAUCUUCAGAAAAUUCUUGGAAGAAUUUGAACUUGAAGAUAAGAGAUUACUUUUCAUUACCGACAAGACUAGAGAGGGGCUGAUAAAGAGUUCUGAUUCAUACAAACAAAAAGUAGAUGUUAUACAGAAAGAGCUUGUCGAGGUAAAUGACAUACUAAGAGCACAAGCUGUCUUCAUCGAAUUGGAAGCUCUUGAGUACCUAGCAAUGGCUCACCAGAAAGAAACUCUUUUCUCCGUCCCAAACUGA